UCUAGGCGGGUUGGCGGGCAUGGGCAAUUAUGGAGGCACAGAUGUGCUACAGGAAAGUAUGGGGAUUCCAGUUCAAAUAACGAAACGACACAGCUAUGAUGCAGAGCUCUCAGGGACAGUCGGCCACGUCACGUACCACACACCACUCACCAGAGUACAAACAGAUGACCCAAAGUGA